UUGUGGAACCACAUUGUCAUAAAAUUUAAAUGUAUGAUCACAAUGAGUUGUGCAAACCAUUUAUCAAAUGAUGAAUUAUUUGCUUUGUGCAAUGAACGUCUAAUUCGUUUUAUGCCUACAUUUCUAGAUAUCGCAAUUGCCGAAAUAAGUACCUAUGAUGUUUCUCAAGACGAUAUUGCAUAUUAUUCACACGCUAUACAGUACAAUUUACAAGGCGGUAAACUUAUACGAGGCACGCUUGUCGUUGCUACUACAAGAUGUAUUUUGGGUGAUAAUAUAAGUGAAUACCAGUGGAAGUUAGCCUUAAUCCUGGGAUGGUGUGUCGAAUUGCUUCAGACAGCGUUUUUAGUGGCAGAUGAUAUAAUGGAUAAGAGUGUGAUGAGACGAUCCAACCUAUGCUGGUAUAAAGUACCUACGGUCGGUAUAUCGAAUGCGGUGAAUGAUACGAUGUUGUUGAAUACAAUGGUACAUAGGAUUAUAGCAAACCAGUUCAAAGGAAAUGACCGCCUUAUUAGUAUAUUUAACAUAUUUACACGAAUAUCUAUGGUUACCAUUCUUGGUCAGCAUAUGGAUACGUACAACACAAUGGACAUUUCUUUAUUAGAUAAUCCUACGGCAGCUACAGCACUAUACUAUCGCAUUUGUAAAAACAAGACAGCUUAUUAUACGUUUUUUUUACCAAUUAGUUUGGGUAUGUUCAUUUCUGAAAUUGAUGAGCACAACAUCAAUUAUCGUAAAUUGGAAUCAGUUUCGUCACUCUUAGGACAUCUGUUCCAGGCUCAAGAUGAUUAUUUGGAUUGCUACAGUGAUCCAAGUUUUAGCGGAAAGGACGGGACUGACAUACAAACUAGAAAAUGUACAUGGUUACUGGCCACGGCGCUUCACAUUUGCAACAAGUCACAGCGCCAACGCCUGAAAGAGAACAUCGGUAUUGAUGACCCUCACAGUGUUUCCGUAGUUAAGGGAAUAUAUGAUGACCUCCAAAUACCCAGGCUUUUCAAAGUGUACACGCAAGAUUUGAAGUCUAAAAUACAGAGGCAAAUAGACGAGAUAAAUCACAAGGAACUUGCAAUUGUUUUACAAUGGUCACUCGACAUUAUUUUAAACAGAAAGAAAUAAUAACUACAGCAAUGUUAUA